UUUAAGUAUCUGUACUGCACUGACCAAGGAGAGGACAAAGUUUGUGGGUUCAGGGUACAGGAGAAAACACCUCCUGUUGGACUCACAGGGUAAAGCGUCUGGCAGAAAGAGGGGACAGUAGAUACACAGCUCAUGGUGUGGUCCAGGUAGAGAAGAAACACGGAUAGUGUGGGGUAACUAUUCUGGAUUUACGAAAACUAGUGGCAGAGGACUGAGCGCACAAGAAAGAAGAAGAAGAAGAGAUGGACAAAGGAGGAGGAGGAGAAUCGGAUGGGGGAACGGAGGUCAAAAAACAAGCAGAGGAAGAGAUCAGCGAAAGCGACAAGAAGCUCAAGGACCAGCGAAACAAAGCAGAAAAGGGUGACAAAGAGAAGGGUGAAAGGAAGAGAGAGAAUCGCAGAUCCGGCUCAAUGUGGAGAGGAGGCUGGGCACUGUCCGAACGACUGGCCAUCAACGUGUCAGGCAUGCGCUACGAGACACAGAUUCGAACCCUGGCCCAGUUCCCCGACUCUCUGCUCGGAGACCCUCAGCGCCGCCUGCGCUACUUCGACCCUCUCCGCAACGAGAUCUUCCUGGACCGCAAUCGAUUCUGCUUCGAUGCCAUCCUGUACUUCUAUCAGUCCGGGGGGCGGCUGCGGCGGCCUGCCAAUGUGCCUCUGGAUGUCUUCAUGGAUGAACUGCGCUUUUAUGAGCUGGGAGAGGAUAUCAUGGCUCGCUUCAAAGAGGACGAGGGCUUCCCCAAGGAGGAGCCUCGACCCCUGCCAGACAACGAGAUCCAGCGCAAGCUGUGGAUGCUCUUUGAGCACCCCGAGUCCUCCGGGGGAGCCCGCAUCAUCGCCAUCAUCAGCGUGAUGGUGAUCGUGGUCUCUAUCCUCAUCUUCUGUUUGGAGACGCUGCCUGACUUCAGAGUGGAGAAGGAGCAGAGAGAGCAAAUGGCAUACCAGGCUUUUCUUGCCGGAAACAACACCUCGCACAUCCCGACGUCCUCUCCCUUUCAGGAUCCAUUCUUCCUGGUGGAGACCAUGUGCAUCUGCUGGUUCUCGUUUGAGCUGGUGAUGCGGUUCACCUGCUCUCCCAGCAAGAUGUCCUUCUUCAAGGACGUGAUGAACAUCAUAGACUUCUUCGCCAUUAUUCCCUACUUCGUAACGCUUGGCACAGAGCUGGCCAAGUCCAAGGGCGCGACGCCAUCUAUGUCCCUGGCGAUCGUCAGGGUCAUCCGCCUGGUUCGAGUCUUCAGGAUCUUCAAGCUGUCUCGCCACUCCAAGGGUCUCCAGAUCCUGGGCCAGACGCUGAAGGCCAGCUUGAGGGAGCUGGCGCUGCUCAUCUUCUUUCUCUUCAUUGGAGUCAUCCUGUUCUCCUCAGCCGUGUACUUUGCCGAGGUGGACAACCCGGAAACGGCAUUUACCAGCAUCCCGGAAGCCUUCUGGUGGGCUGUGGUCUCUAUGACGACGGUGGGGUACGGCGACAUGUACCCGGUGACGGUGGGCGGGAAGCUGGUGGGCUCCAUGUGCGCCAUCGCCGGCGUGCUCACUAUCUCGCUCCCCGUACCCGUCAUCGUUUCCAACUUCAGCUACUUCUACCACCGCGAAAUGGAGUGUGAGGACAACCAGGAAUACACACACGUCAGCACCUCCCUCUGGGAGGAGGAAGAAGGUGGGGAAGGUGGGGAAGAAGGUGAAGAAGGCGAGGAAGGGCCUGGGGAACAGGGAGACCGCGUUCCUCUCGAAGGAGGCACGGCCUACAGGGGGAUCUGCGCCCCUCUUAACGGGACUCUCCUGGCUGGGCUUUGCGCAGGACAGACAGGAGUGCAAAGUGUAGGGAGCGUUUACCCAUUGGUCACCCAAGUCUGAGAGACUGGAGAUCAAGUAGAGAUGAAAGAACGAGAGAUGGAGGCUGUCCUGUACCGUGUUUUAAGGUGCACUGCCUCACUGUGACUCACUAAGCAUAUGUGGAUGACAAGAGGGAAUAAAUGCAAGAAGCAGAAAGAGAUGGUACAAAAUGCAGAUGCAAUAUCCAAAGGAAUAUGACUUUCUAUCUUUAACACAUCUUUAAACCGCUUUCCUGAUGUUUUCCGGAACUUUUUUUGGCAUCUCACUGAGCUUUAAAUCACUGAAUGUAUUUAUUUGAGAAGCUGUCCAGAGUGCGGCAUCUCAGCGCGUUCGGAAAAAUAGAUGAGGAUGAGCCGAGCUGUGUUGUGCAAUAAAAGCGUUUGCACCUUUGCUUUAAAGAUCUUACUGAAAUGUUGACGUAAUAUCGGACUCAUUCGUAGGAAGAAGUGCCAUGCGGUGUCAUUUAAAUGUCAUGUGUUUUGUCACCCGUGCUGCAGCCAUGAAUGUGCCAGGGAUUUGUGUGUGCCGAUGAAUGGAUAAAGUCUUAAGCAUCAUUCAUCCGGAACAGUUUUGUGUUACUGCUGUUCGGACAUUGUUCAAAUGCUGUGAAUGAUAGAUGUGUUUGUGUGUUUGCGUGCUCAAAGGCUUUUUAGGAGAAUAUGUGCAGUAAUAUACGACGUGUGAACUGUGUAACGCUGAGCCAUGUUUGUGUACUAUUUAUUAAAAUUUUUAAUCACACAAAAA